AUGCAUGUCAGGACACUCAUACUAGGUGGAAACGUGGCACCCCGAAGCAGGCUUCCCCCAGAUUUCCAUUAUUUUCCUGACUUCUUCAGUAUACCGGAACAGCGCGUCCUUUUAGCUGCGGCGUUGCAGAAACUGGACACCGCAGAAAGCAGGCAGUUUCGACGCCUUCGUAAAGUGUUUUUGGCAGCGCAAACCAACUCGCCCGUGGCAGGCGACAGGCACAGUCCGGAUCACACUGUGCAGGCCAUGUUCCUCCCGGACGAAUGCUACAACUUUGAGGAGGGGCAUUAUGACGGCGUUAUCCGGCGCUUCCGUGAAAUGCAUGUAACAUCCUGGCCGUCAGACAUCAACGGGCUUUUACCCGCGCUCGAGCGUCUGCAGCAGCUAUGUCUCACAAAAGACACGCAGACACAUAUUCUUCACCUUGCAACCGACGGCGAGAUCUUGCCUCAUGUGGACAAUAUUGGCGCUAGCGGGUCUUGGAUUAUGGGCGUGAGCCUCGGAUCCGCCCGUAUCAUGCGACUCGAAAGCACCGAGGCCAGAGACAUAGGAGCCUUCGAGAUACCCUUGACAUCAGGCAGUGUGUACAUACAGAAGUGCGCGGUGUCGGUCGAGCGCGGUGAUCGGCGUACUCACUUCAUGGACAGGGACUCCACUCGCUACGGAUAUCAGCACUCGAUCUUGAAGGACAGUGUCUUAGAUGGAAAGCAUUACAGUGGAGGGCAGCGUCUGAGUGUCAUGAUCCGAGACCUCCUGCCCACGGCUCACACGCAGAGUUGA